AUGGCGCAACGUCCCGACGCAUCAGCGACCCCUUCGGCGAACGGCGCGCCCGCCCAACCUCCAUCCAAGUCGGACACGGCCACCCCAAAGCUCAACAAUGAGGUCGAGUUGGGCAACCUCCCCGGCGACGGGGAGCCAGCCCAGAGUGACAUUAUGCAGAUGGCAAGGACGGGCGACAUUGCCGGCAUGGAGAAGCUGUUUGAGACGGGCGACUACGAUGCGACUUACACCGACGGCGAGGGGAUAACCCCAUUACAUGUUUGUUAUUUUUCUGCCCAGCUCUUUCUGGAUGAAGCUGACAAUUUCUCUUCUUGGCAGUGGGCGGCCAUCAACAACCAGUAUGCCAUGUGCAAGUUCCUGAUCGGCCGUGGCGCCGAGAUCAACCGAAAAGGAGGCGAGAGUGUGGCCACACCAUUACAAUGGGCUGCUCAGCGGUGUCAUUACUACACCGUCCACCUACUGCUCCAACACGGCGCCGACCCCUUGAUCUCCGAUGCUCAGGGAUACAACACAUUACACAUCAGCACCUUUAACGGGAACCUUCUUCUGAUUGUCCUGUUAUUACACCAGGGCAUACCGGUGGAUGUGGAAGAUGCCUACGGUCACACCGGUCUUAUGUGGUCUGCUUACAAGGGCUAUCCGGCUUGCGUCGACGUCUUUCUACGAUGGGGCGCCAGCGUUCACGCCAAGGACGAGCAAGGCUUUACGGCUCUGCACUGGGCACUCGUAAAGGGAAGCGCUGGGUGUGUUCAGAAGCUCCUCGAGUACGGCGCCGAUCGGUUCGCCAAGACCACGACGGGCAAGACCCCUUCCAUCACAGCUAAGGAGCUGAACACGGCAGGCGCAUGGCACAAGGCCCUCCACGAGUGCGGCUACGAUGAGGACGCCAAUGCGAUAAUACCGAGCUGGCCGGGAUCGAGCUACCUUUUGCAGGAUAGGAGGGGGUUCACGACCAAGUUCUUCUUCCUGUGGCCCUUCGUCCUGGUCUGGGCGACUUUGCACAUCUUUGCUGGGAUGCCGGUCUACGCGGGCAUUCCCAUCGGGCUCGUUGUGGCUUAUUCGAUCCAGUGGGUUGGCCAACAGGUUACCGCCUAUGCGCCGCCUGAUAUGAGGUCGUUUGAGAAGACGGUAAGCUUCCCCCUAUGCUGCCUGCUGUCUGCGGAGGUUCUUGCUGAUUUGAAUGUAGCCCUGGAUGACCGGUAUUUUUGCCGCUUCGCUCUUCUGGGUAGGGCUCAACUGGCUGUUUACUGUCUUUCCCACCACAGCAUUUGGCGAAGAUGGGACCUACCUGCUCAACUUCCUUUUCGCCGUGACCCUUGGCUUGACUGGGUUUUUCUACGUCAGUACGACGAGGCCCAUUUCUGUGUUACUUGCAUGAUCCGGACUCCGUUGCGCAGCAAGCACUGCCGUAGGUGCCAGCGCUGUGUUGCCAAACACGACCAUCACUGCCCGUGGGUCUACAACUGCGUCGGCAUCAACAACCACCGCCACUUCUUCAUGUACCUCAUCAACCUGACCCUCGCCAUUAUCAUCUACGACUUUCUCACCUACCGUUACUUCAACAUUGUGUCACCCGAUGCCUCGGAAGAAUGCAACCUUCUCGCCCCUUCCAUCUGCAAGGUCGUCAACGCCGACGCUUACACGAUGCUGACGGCCAUCUGGGCAUCGCUCCAGCUCGUCUGGGUGUCCAUGCUUCUGUCUGUCCAGCUGAUCCAGCUCGCCCGCGCCAUGACGACCUACGAGAACAUGUUUGGCGUCCACCACACUUCUGCCACCUCGUUGGCAUCCGCUUUCACCUCGACUGGCGCCCCACUGGAUCCGACACAGCAACCUCCCUCCGGAUCCGCCGCCGGCGAAGGUGGCCACGGCCACAAGCAUGGCCACAAACAUGGCGGCAUCCUCAAGACAAUGAGCCGACUCCUCGGAGUUGACAUUUUUAUGCGAACAGCCCGCGGCAAGGGAGCUGCCACCAACCCAGCCAACAAGCGAAAGAGCAGAAACCCUUACAACCGCGGCUGCGUCACCAACUGCAAGGACUUUUGGUGUGACCCUGCGCCGUUGUUCGGCAAGAGGGAGACUGGCGCCGCGAUGCUCGGUGGACAACCGGUGAACUACACGGAGAUGUAUGAGAGUCCGGCUGUGAUGGAUGUGCUGAGAGGGAGGGUUGGCAGAUCAGGCGGUUAUGAAGCCGUUGCUGGGGAUGAAGUAUGA